AUGGAGGAGGAGAAGCAAAAGUGUGGCGGAGGAGGAGGAGGGACGAUGGUGGUGGUGGUGGAGCCAAAGCCAAGGAAAGGGUUGACUUCUAAAGUGGUUGACUUUGUGGAGAAGCUGAUCGUCAACUUCAUGCACGACAGUACUUCUCAGCCUCUAUACUAUCUCUCCGGUAACUUUGCUCCGGUUGCUGAAGAGACCCCUCCUGCGUCCGGCCUCCAUGUCAAAGGCUUCCUCCCGGACUGCUUAAAUGGAGUGUUUGUUAGGGUGGGUCCAAACCCAAAAUUCACCCCUCUGGCUGGAUAUCACUGGUUUGAUGGAGAUGGGUGCAAGACACUAACUGUUUGUCACCCACUUCCAGCUAAUACAGCUCUCAUAUAUCACCAUGGGAAACUUCUGGCACUGUCCGAGCCGGAUAAACCAUAUGUCCUCAAAGUUUUGGAAGAUGGGGAUCUCCAAACACUUGGCAUGCUGGAUUAUGAUAAGAGAUUGACGCAUUCUUUUACUGCUCAUCCUAAGGUUGACCCAUUCACUGGGGAGAUGUUUACAUUUGGUUAUUCAGAUACACCACCAUAUAUCACUUACAGAGUAAUUUCAAUGGAUGGCUUCAUGCAUGACCUAGUACCAAUAACAAUAUCAGAGCCCAUCAUGAUUCAUGACUUCGCCAUUACUCAGAACUAUGCAAUUUUCAUGGAUCUUCCAUUAUAUUUCAGACCAAAGGAAAUGGUCAAGGAGAAGCAGCUGUUAUUCACAUUUGAUGCAACGAAAAGAGCUCGAUUUGGUGUACUUCCUCGUUAUGCAAAGGAUGAGCUGCUAAUCAAAUGGUUCGAGCUUCCUAAUUGCUUCAUAUUCCAUAAUGCCAAUGCUUGGGAGGAGGAGGAUGAAGUUGUUCUGAUUACUUGUCGCCUUGAGAAUCCAGAUCUGGACAUGUUCAGUGGAAUCGUCAAAGAAAAGCAUGGAAACUUAUACAACGAGCUGUAUGAGAUGAGAUUCAACAUGACAACUGGUCUAGCUUCACAGAAGAAAUUAUCAGCAUCUGGGAUAGAAUUUCCUAGGGUGAAUGAGAGUUACACUGGCAGGAAACAAAGAUAUGUUUAUGGAACCGCAGCUUACAGCAUUGGAAAAUUCACUGGGAUUAUCAAAUUUGAUCUGCAUGCUGAACCAGAGACUGGAAAAACAAAGCUUCAAGUUGGAGGAAAUGUUACAGGCAUCUGUGUCUUGGGACCUGGCAGAUUUGUUUCUGAGGCUAUUUUUGUCCCUCGUGUGCCUGGCGUUACUUCUGAAGAAGACGAUGGCUACUUAAUAUUCUUUGUACAUGACGAGAACACCGGAAAAUCAUCAGUGCAUGUAAUUGAUGCAAAAACAAUGUCAGCUGAUCCUGUUGCAGUUGUUGAGUUACCCAACAGAGUUCCAUAUGGCUUCCAUGCCCUCUUUGUGUCAGAGGACCAACUUCAAGAUCAAGCAAAACUUUGAUAGAUUGUUGGAAACUGCACAAUAUAUUUGAAAAAGAGAAACUGGAACUGAAGGCAGAUCCAUGUAAAUUAUACUUUUGAUAUCUCUUUGGUAGUACUUUCCCCAUAUUUUCUCUACUCAUCUUUUCUAGCUGAAAAGAAAAAUACAAUGUAAUAAUUCCUCUCGGGAUCAGUGUACUAUUCCCCUUGUUU